AUGUCGUGCGAUGUUGGUGUAUAUGGCCUCGCGGUGAUGGGCCUAAACCUGUCGCUGAAUAUGGCAAGCAAGGGAUUCAGGGUGUGCGUUUGCAACAGGACACCGAGCAAAAUCACCAUUGCCGUCCAAAAGGCACAAGAACAAAAUCUCAAGAACUACAUAGGGGUUGAGGCUACAGAUGAAUUUGUGGCUGCGCUGAAACGGCCACGGAGAAUCGUCAUGAUGGUCCAAUGCGGCGCGCCGGUAGACGCGCUCAUUGAACAUUUCCUGCCUCUCCUGGACAAGGGCGACUGCUUGGUAGACGGUGGGAAUGAAUUCUUCGAGAACACGGAACGCCGUGAAAGACUGUGUGCGGCCAAAGGCAUCUUAUAUAUGGGCCUCGGCGUUAGCGGCGGCGAAGAGGGAGCGCGUUACGGACCGUCGCUGAUGCCUGGAGGCAGCCCCGAGGUAUGGGCUCUGAUGAAACCCAUUCUGGUUCAAAUUGCCGCGAAAAUUGACCCGAACGGAGCGGUCCCAGCGCCGGGAGCGACGACGUUCACGCAAGCAGAACUGGACAACGCCUGCGUCACGCACAUUGGUCCUGGAGGGUCUGGGAACUACGUCAAGAUGGUCCACAACGGCAUUGAGUACGGCGACAUGCAACUUAUUGCGGAGGCCUACUACUUGCUGAAAUAUCUGUGUGGCCAGUCCAACGAGCAGCUGGAGAAGACGUUCGCGCAGUGGAAUAAAGGCGAACUCAAUUCCUACCUCGUUGAGUUGACGAGCAAACUCCUCACCAAGAAAGACGCACUCACCGGCGCGUACCUUGUGGACAAAAUCCUUGAUGCAGCUGGAUCGAAGGGAACUGGGAAAUGGACAGUCCAGCAAGCAGCGGAUGCGGGCGUCGCAGUGCCGACAAUUGCUGCGGGCUUGGACAUGCGAUACAUCAGUGACAACAUCGAGCUCCGCCGGAACAUGGCAGCAGUGUAUGCAAAAUCGUGGCCCACGGGCUCUUUGACCGUUUCCGGCAAUGAAACCCUCCCCACGGACAUGGAGAAGGCACUGCUAUGCGGGAAGAUCUGCUGCUAUGCACAAGGCAUGCAGCUUCUUUCUGUCGUGUCAGAGCGGAAGGGCUGGGGCCUAAACCUCGCGGAGAUCUCCCGGAUCUGGAAAGGAGGCUGCAUCAUUCGAGCAGCUUUCCUUGACACCAUGCAGAAGGCCUUUUCGGCGAAUCCUUCACUCAAAAACCUCCUCAUGGAUCCACAAAUCGCAGACAUGAUGACAGCGAAUUUGCCGUCGCUACAGCGGGUGGUCGCCACCUCGCUCAGCACCGCAUCACCGUUUGGAGAGCAGGCCUUUCCCAUCCAUCUGUCAGUUCCGUGUCAUUCGUCGAGCUAUUUCUACCUCGCCGCAAACGCGAGCGACAGACUGCCUCUGAAUUUGGUUCAAGCCCAACGAGACGCGUUCGGUUCGCACACAUUCAGGCGCACCGAUGUAGACGGCGUUUUCCACGAGGAGCACUGGACCACUGGCGCUUGA